AUGAGUUUUCCAACUUCCCUUGUGAAGUAUUGUUUGGCAAUUAAACUAACUUGGAUACUAUUCCACUACGUAUGUGCUCCAGCAGAUGAAUCUGAUAUUCUACUCAAUGGUUCUUCAGCUGGUACAAAAAAUACUACCAUAAACCUUGUAAAUUCAUUAACUCAUAAGUCCAAUUUUUCUAAGUUGGAAUAUUUUCUCACACUCGUUUAUUCAACUCCGGGAGUAUGUUAUAAAACAGACGUCACAGUUAAUUCCAAAGAAAUGCUAACUACCAAACUUUCAAAUUCUACUGAUCAGUUAGCUAAAUCUUUGUCACUGGAAUCUACAGCAAAUAAACCGAUAACAUCUGAACCUUACUUCCAAGAGGAAACAGAUGCUGUAAUCAACAAUCCUGAAAAACUUGAACUAAGCGAAAGUUCUGCACAUUCUGUUGAUUCUCAUACUGACCCAGAAGAAAAUCCAAAAGACGAUUUUGAGGAUAUUGAGUCACAGAUAGAUGAGGAAAAUCGUUUGCUCAACGGAAAAGAUUUCACCGAAUCUGAAUCUAAGGAGUCUAUACAUCAAAGUGACCGUAAUAAUGUAGUUCAUGAUGAAUCACAUGGCUUUCAUCAUUGUGUAUUAACCAAUACAAAAGAUUUACGCAAAGCCAUUGAACUUAUGCAAAAUCGUCGAACUGAAGACAAUUGUGUCAGACUUCAUGUUAGAGCAAUACCAAAAUUAUUACGACCAGAAUGUCGUUCACAAGUCACUGCGGAUGCACAAUUCUCAGGUCAAUAUUUACCUAGUUAUUUAGAAGCGAUCGGUUUACAACCUUCCAUAUAUUCUGCCGGUUCAAGUGAUGAUGAAAAACGAUCGUUUCGUCAAGAUGCAUCACCAAAACAUGAUUAUCGUUGGUAAUCAAUGCAAACAGAAAAAACAAACAAACUGAUACAUACCCACUGGAUAGAUAUCUAACUUCCUGGCAGAAUAACCACAUAAAGUUUAGGCUAAACAUUGUUUCUUAAGACUACAACGAAAACAAAGAUUUUCUUUUUCUGACAUUCUUUUUUCCAUUGUCUUUGUUUGUUUUUUUGCAAUAACAUUACCCCCGGUAAUUUUGAAAUUCUAAAAACACUAUUCAGUGUGGUUGGUUAUGUUGACAUUCUACGCUAAACAAGUAUAGUUUAGUCAAGAAAAUAAAUGUCUUCUCUUUCUAACAUAUCCAUUGGUAGUUGUAACGCAAUAGUUUUGCCAGAGUUCCAUUAUAUUGAUUAUUUUUGGGAUGUAUACGUGUUUUUAUGAUAAUUUGUAAAGUCUUUUCCCAAGUAUAUGAUUUCUUUAUGUAUGUUGUAAACAAAAGAUGAAGUGGUGAACUAUUCUUUCUCGUUGUUGUUAUUGAUAUUUCAAAAUGACUACUGUUCACUUUAGUAAAUGACAACGAUGAUUCCUUUUUGAACUGUACAAGAUAUUCAUUGUCUC